UGUUGAAGUAAGUGGCUCAUGUUGUCCUAAAAAAUUAACUUAUUAACAGACUUAGCUAACCAUAAUUACUCUUUAUUUGUUGAAUAUUCGAAUUGGAUCAUAUAAAACCGGGACCGUCCGCUGACAAAAUGGAUUUAGAGAAUGAGUUGACCAAUAAGUUUCUUAGCGGGGAGAUGUCGUUCGCGGAGUACUCUAGCGAGUGGUACGAGCACGACGACGACGACGACGCCGAGGAGGAGGCGGAGGCGCGCAGCCCGGAGCCGCCGGCGCAGGCGACGGGCCGCGCGCUCGUGCGCCGCCGCAAGGGCUCGCGCCUCACCCCCGCGCUGCUCGGCCUCAUGGGCGAGGCCAACCUGCGCUUCGUGCGCGGCGACAAAGAGACAGCCGAGAAGAUGUGCCAUGAGAUCAUCAAGCAGGUCCCUAAUGCGCCUGAACCCUACCAGACGCUGGCACAGAUAUAUGAGAAUGAUCCGGACAAGUUUAUGCAGUUCUCAUUACUGGCCGCCCACUUGAGCCCGUCUGACGCCACCGAGUGGUUGCGACUGGCAGCUCUGUCUAAACAGCGUAAUGACGUGAAACAGGAGAUGCUCUGCUACACUCAAGCUAUAAGAGCCGAUCCUCACAAUCUGGCUAACCAUAUGAAAAGACUGGAAUUGUUCAUCUCUCUUGAAGAAGCAAAGUAUCCUGUACAUACUCUCUGCUUGUCUCGUGUCAAAUGCUACCACAAAAUUGCAACAUCCAUGCCCCCCACUGAAGGAGAAACUAUCAUGAAAUAUGCCAAGAUGGCUGCCACUCUGUAUCACAACAACAAUGAGUCGGAGAAUGCUCUAGUAGUCAUGACGGCAGCAUACAACAAGUGUGCUAAUCUCUUCUCCAUGGAGGAAACUAACAUUUUCCUAGAGCUUCUCAUUUCCCAGAAGCAAUACCAGACUUGCAUAGAAGUGUUUGUUGCGAAUGCAGGAGUUGAGAUAGAAGCAGAAAUACAAACCAUAGAAAACGCUUAUCACAUGCUCGAGGAGCAGACAAACUAUUUGAAUUGCACUUUACCAAACAGUCUGCCUAUUGAUUUGAAAAGCAAGUUACUUGUGUGCUUCAUCCAUCUCGGAGCCACUAAUCUUGUGGAGACAUUGCUUGCAGACUUCCUGACCAACAAUGUGGAGAAAGCUGGCGAUUUGUACAUGGACAUAGAAGAAGCUCUGUCUGCUGUUGGACUUCACCACCUGGCUCUCAAACUUCUGGAACCUCUUGUUCAGAAUCCCAGCUUUGAUCUUGGGGCGGUGUGGCUUAAACACGCCGAGUGUUUGUACAAUUUGGGAAGACAAAAUGAGGCAAUAGAUUCUUACUAUAAAGUGUUGCAGCACGCGCCGCAGCACGCUGAGGCGCGCCGCCGCGUGUUCGUCAUCUUGGAGAACCAGGGCCGCGUCGACGAGGCUCUAGACAUCCUGCAGCAGGACUACAAGUACGUCGUCAGCGCCAGUCUGGUCUAUGAGCAGUGCUGCGCUCUCAAAAAGUACGGUCGGAUGCUCAAAUACCUAGAAGCAGGGGAAGCUUUAUUAUCAAAAACGUUCGUGAGGUUUAGACACGAGGAGGAGCUCAAAAUUGCGCGCAAAAUGAGAGGAGGCCUUGAUCUUAUUCAAGAAUUUAGAACAGUGCGUGGAGAAAAUCCUUAUAACGAAGACGAUAUUCACUUCGAUGAGGAUGAUACUUUUAAAUUUACGCCACAGGAAGAAUGGAACUUUUUCUUGGAGCUGCUGGAGAUAGCUCGCGAGCACAAGCAGUACUGCGCGAUGCAGCGGCUGACGUUCGGGUCGCUGGUGUCGAAGGCACUAGCGCCACAGCGGCCGCAGAUCGAGUUCUACUGCCUGCAGGCCUGCCUGCUCAACAACGACCACCACAACGCCUUCUCCUUCAUCCGCGACUUCUGCAUCAAGAGCCCGAGCGUGCGCUGCUGGAACAUCCUCAAUCUAGUCAUCAACUCCAUCGACGAAAACACACAUAUGAAAUUUUUAGCGAGGCUCUUUCAAAAAGAACCGAACAUUGUUAAAAACUUAUUCUUAGGCAACAACUUUCUAACGUCAGGCCGCUAUAUUGUAGCGUUGAAGUAUUUCCUGGAAUACCACGAUCAGCGGCGCGAGCCGAUCUCUGCGUUCCUCAUCGGGAUCACGAUGCUCAUCAUGGCGGCGCAGCGAACCAUGGAUAAGCACCACAAUUUGAUUCUGCAAGGGAUGUCGUACUUGAUAACGUAUCAGCACACCAGGAAGUGCGACCAGGAGGCGCUGUACAACAUCGGGCGCGCGUACCACAUGUUAAGUAUUAACAACCUGGCGAUCGAGUACUAUGAGAGGGCUCUGGAGGCGCCCCCGGCGGCGCGCUGCGCCACGCACGGCUCCAUUGACCUAAGGAUGGAGACCGCAUACAACCUGUACCUGCUGUACAAAGACCAUGCGCCGCAUGUGGCGAGACAGUACCUGUUUAAGCAUCUUGUUAUUGAAUAAAUUUUAUUAUAUCGUUA